UUAGUCAUAACGAUUACACUUUUCUAGAAAACACUCUAUUUAAAUUUAGCUCGAGAUGGCUGAUCAGGAGCCAGCAGAAGAAGCACCGGAGGAAAAGCCACCACGAUCGAAAGCGCGGAGAAUCACCUAUAUAGUUCUUCAUGUCUUGCUUCACGUAAUCUUCAUAGCUCAUUUUAUUGGAGCAACAGUAGUCUUCAUAUUAUUCGACAAGGAAUCCGACGAAUGUCCGGGAAAUAUUCUAUGUAAAAUGAACUGGUGCCACGGAUAUGGGUUCCUCAUAGUCAUUUUUGUCAUAUUCUAUAUACUUUGGCUGUAUUACUGGGUAUUCAAGCCAUAUGUGGGCAUCAAGCUCUAUAACAAUUACCUGGAACCUGCCAUUGACAAAUGGAUUGUGUUCAGUCGCAAGUUGAUAGUUUCCGGCGUAAUGCUGUUGAUUGUGAUCUCGCUGGCGGUGGCCUACCUCGGUUACGAGUGCCGCUAUGAUGCGACCAAGGCGAUAGGACUGCUGGGACCUGUGACUUUUCUCCUGAUCGGAUUCGCGGUAUCGAAGCACCACAAAAGGGUUCCCUGGCGCAUCGUGACCCACGGCCUUCUUGGCCAGCUCCUGCUGGGCAUCUUCUGCCUGCGUGCCCCUUUCGGUCGCUCCAUUUUUGAAUGUCUUGGCGAGAAGGUGUCCUUGUUUCUGGGCUAUGCUAACUACGGAGCCCGCUUUGUGUACGGCGAUCGGAUAUGUGACGACUAUGUCUUCGCUUUUGCCAUACUGGCGGUGGUGUUCUUCUUUAGCGUGAUCUCCAGCAUUAUGUACUAUCUGGGCUGGAUGCAGUUCAUCCUGAACGGUUUGGGGUUUCUGCUGCAGGCCAUGGUGGGCACCACGGUCUGUGAGAGCGUGAAUGCAGCAGCCAACAUCUUCCUGGGCAUGUCCGAGAGCCCCCUGGUCAUCCGGCCGUACAUCCUCAUACUGACCGUGAGCGAGUUGCACACCAUUUGCACCUCGGGCUAUUCCACGGUGGCGGGCACCGUGCUAGGAGCAUAUGUAAGCUUCGGUGCCUCGCCCGCCUUCCUGAUCACGGCCAGCGUGAUGGCUGCUCCGGGCUCCCUGGCCUUCUCCAAGCUGUUCUACCCCGAGACCGAGGAAUCGCUGACCAGAUCCGACAACAUACAGCUGGAAAAAUCGCCAGAUUCGUCCAUUUUGGAUGCAGCCGCCAGUGGAGCAGCGGCAGCCUUGAUGAUCGUCCUCGGGAUUGUGUCGAACAUCAUAGCUUUUCUGGCCGUAAUGUUCUUCCUGAACGCCUUAACCGAGUGGACUUUUGAGCUGAUAGGUCUGAAGAACAUCACUCUGCUCUUCCUGCUCGCUCAAGUGUUUGUCCCAAUAGUCUUCUUGAUGGGCGUGCCGUGGGAGGACUGUCAACAGAUUGGGUUGGUGGUGGCCGAAAAAUCGCUGAUCAACGAGUUUGUCGCCUAUAAGCACCUAGGCCAGUUGGUAAGAGAGAAUAAAGUAGGGUCACGGAGCGCUUCGAUUGCUACUUUUGCGCUUUGUGGAUUUGCCAACCCCGGAUCACUGGGCAUCCUCAUUGCCGCCCUGAGUGCAAUGGCACCCGCACGACGUUCAGAUAUCACUCGGGUGGCCGUUCGAGCAUUUUUUGCUGGCAGUUUCGUCAGCUUCACAUCGGCUUCGCUUGCAGGCAUUCUCAUUCAAGAUGAUUUUACAUCCUAGGAAGAUACAUAAUACUUGGAUCACACUGUGUAAACCAGAACAACCCUAAGGGAAUUUGAAAUUGUGUGGAAUGUUUAGAUUCUUGGAUCGAUCCUACUCAAAUUGGCCAUCACUUUUCUUAACAGAUCCCGGUCGGUCUCAUCAAAGGCCUCGCUACAGUGACCCAGUUGAAGUGAGCCCUCGUAGAUUUCACGUAGGAUUUCCUUGGGCGGAAUUUCACUCCGCUUACGUUUGAAGCUAGAGCUUGGGCAAUGGUGUUCCGAGUGCCGCGUGUAGCUUAAUUUAGCGACAUCAAGUGAACUAUCUAGCGAUUCAUCCAAAGUUCCUGGUUUCAGUCGCAAAGCCUCUAAAAAUGGUUGAACAUCAACACCUACGACAUGGCGGGCACUGAAUACUCUUAGUUGGGCAUCAUCGCUGGCUUUGCAAGAGUCUAGGAAUUUUUGUCGAUGCCAGUUGGUGCAUCCAUUAGUAGCGUUCAAUCCCCGUAAUAUCAGUAGUUGCGUUGUUUUGUUCCCACGAGAAAGCAGCUUGAAAUAGGCACUAGUGAAGGUCGAACUAUUGUCAAUGCUCAUAACUUCCUUGGCCAUUUCUGAUGUCCUCUGAAACCACUGGGAACAGUCUGUUUGACUCUGCUGCACCAACAGUUCUAGAAGAGCAGCCUGGAGGUACAAUAAAAAUUAGAAAUUGUAAUUUUGAAAUAAACCUACACUUACCAUUUCAUAAUAGA